UUUGGAACCCUGGUCCGAAUACCGAGCUUGCCGUGCUCUCGACUCUCGAUUCUUCGUCGUUGUCUUCGUGGCCGAAGAAGGGGAAGAAGGUCGUCGUCGUUUUCCUCCUCCUCCUCACAGAUCACCGCCACGGCAACAAUGUCUUCUCCCGGAGAGUACUAUGCAUCACUUCCUCCAGUGAGCAAAGCUUAUGGAACCAUAUGUGUGUUGACAACAGCUCUAUUUCACCUUGGCUUGGUUAAUCCUUACUAUAUUGCUCUAAUAUACAGUGAAGUGCUUCAACGCUUUCAGAUAUGGAGGCUCAUUACAAAUUUUUUCUUCCUUGGGAAGUUCUCUAUUAAUUUUGGAAUUCGUCUCUUGAUGAUAGCUAGAUAUGGAGUCCAACUGGAACAAGGGCCAUUUGCUAGGCGAACUGCAGAUUUUUUAUGGAUGAUGAUCUUUGGGGCCAGUUGCUUGCUGGCAUUUUCCAUUGUUCCACAGAUGAGGUCAUAUUUCCUAGGAGUAUCACUGGUUUUCAUGCUUUUGUAUGUAUGGAGUAGAGAAUAUCCAAAUGCUCAAAUUAAUAUAUAUGGCCUUGUUACACUAAAGGCUUUUUAUCUGCCCUGGACAAUGCUGGCAUUGGAUGUCAUCUUUGGAUCUCCUUUGCUUCCAGAUCUGUUGGGGAUUGUUGCAGGUCAUCUUUAUUACUUCUUAACUGUGCUCCAUCCAUUGGCUGGAGGGAGGAACAUAAUGAAGACUCCAGUUUGGGUACAUAAGCUAGUCGCUCGGUGGGGCAUUGGGGUCCAGGCAGCUUCCCCAGUUCAACCCAGUCAGUCUUCUGGCACUACAGCAUUCAGAGGAAGAAGCUAUAGGCUUGGCGGAUAACCAAAAAGAGCUUCCAAUAAUUCAUUCACUUCAUUGUAGAAGGUAGCUAUUUGGAAACAACUGAUUAUUUUACUGGCAGCCAGCGGAUUCAUGGGGGAGGAGGAUCAUUGCCAGUUCAGAGCAAAGACACUUACCGUGUAUAACAUGAAUUUUCUUGCACGUGACAUUUUUUUGCCUUCAUGAAAUAUUGUGUUUCUCAUUGUUAGAAAAUGCUGUCAUGCUGAAGAAAGCUUUGAUGUAUCAAUAUAGAACGCUCUUAACAAUUGCAUCAGGAAAAUGGUUUAGGAGUUGCAGUUUUCUA